CUCGAAGGCGGAGUCUCCAAGACGUGACCCAGGAGGAGAGGAGAGAGCUUCCUCCGCCAAAUUACAGCGUUCGACGACGAGCCAGAGUGCGUGGAAGGUGCGUUCGGCCGGCCAGCUAGCUUCGGCGGCCUUCUUUGUCGUGGUGCUUCGCCGAUGACCCAAUGUUCCCGGCUUGGCGCAGUGCCAUGAGGACUCGGUGGAACUGCGGUGCCGUUGGCUGAUCAGGCGGCAGCCGCGGCCCAGAGUCGGCAGCGACCACCACGCAAGGAUACGGCCGGUCGGCGUCGUCGUCGUGCUCAGUGUGCCCCCACCCCCGUGCGUUCCUUCGAAACACGCGCUCUAGCCCGCGCUCGGAGAACCGGCGAGCGACGACACGAUGAAGACCGCGUCGGGAGCGUUGGCUCUGCUCGGAUGCAUGCUGGCUUCGAUGCUGCAGUCAGGCACUGGCUUUCCUGGCCAAAAUACACCGCCUGUAUUCGAUUUCAAACGAGAGUGGAUUAUCAGCGAAGACGAGGAAGUCGGAAGUCGAGUGAUGACGGUGCGGACACGAGACGAAGACCAUGACGUGAUCGAGUACGGCAUCGAGCCCGCAGUCUUCCUGGACGGAUCCAGCUACUUUCGCAUCAAUAAACGUUCUGGAGAAGUCUUCCUCACGAGGUCACUCGUUGGCCAGGCUGGCUCUGACUACUACCUCUUCAUCACGGCCUAUGACGGUCAUCAAACGGCCAAGAUCGAGGUGUACGUGAAGGUGGUGAAGCCCAGCAGCGGGCUUGACGGGAUCGACCUGCUUGAGCCUCCACCGCGGCCCUUUCCGGGAGGGGGCCCAGGUGGGUCCCCCUCCGGCCACUUUGCCCCUCCCGCCCCUCCGCCCUCGCUGGGCUCCGGCAGGAAACGUCCCUCCAAGGAGCCCCCGCCGCCUCAGCCUCCCAGACCUCCGGCCGGACCCAUCGGCACGGGCCAGGUACGACCAGACGCUGGAGUGGAGGAUCCAGCAGACACAGAGGAGAAAGGGGGCCCUCAUGGCGGCUCACAGGGAACUUCGGGCGGCAUUGACAUGACCUCGACGGUGCUGCCGAUCGUGGCCGUGGUGGGCUUUGCGCCGCUCGUGGCUCUCUUCUUCUGGCUCAUGCAUCGCCGGUGCCACAGGGACGACAAGCUGAAGCCCAAAAAGUCCACCGACCGUCUGGAUAGCAACUUUUCGCACAACUUUGACCUUUCCCCUGCCACACUAUACAAUCCUAGAGCUCGGAGGGCUCUGUCCAACAGAUAUGAACCCGACUUCUUGAGCUCCUUGUCAGAGCACAGCAAAUGGGAAUUUCCGAGGCACCAUCUGCGGUUUAUUGGCAUCCUUGGCGAGGGCUGCUUUGGGCAAGUCUGGAAAUGUGAAGCCAUGAACAUCACUGGAUCAGAGGAACCGGUCAUUGUGGCAGUGAAGACGCUAAAAGAAAAUGCCACCGAAAAGGAAAAGAAGGAACUUCUCAGUGAACUAGGUGUGAUGAAACUGAUAAAUCCUCAUCCCAACGUCGUCACCUUGCUGGGAAGCUGCACUGACCGAGACCCCUUAUUCGUCAUCAUGGAGUUUGUACCUUUCGGCAAACUGCAAACGUACCUUCGUGAGAGCAGAGUUGAAAGGUCGUAUGGUAAUCUGCACGGAAGUAGUAAGCACCUCACGUCACGGGAUCUGACAUCUUUCGCAUACCAAGUGGCCAAGGGCAUGGAAUACCUUUCAUCCAAAGGGAUUAUACACAGAGAUCUGGCCGCGAGAAACAUCCUCGUCGGAGAAAACAAAACCUGCAAAGUUGCUGAUUUUGGUUUUGCUAGGGACGUCAUCACUAGCCAUGUUUAUGAAAGAAAAUCAGAGGGGCGCUUGCCAAUUCGGUGGAUGGCACCGGAGUCGCUUUAUGACAACAUCUUCACCACAAAGACUGACGUCUGGUCUUUCGGAAUACUCAUGUGGGAGAUCGUCACACUCGGCUCCACACCAUACCCUGGACUGGCGGCUGCCGAGGUGAUGCGACGCGUCCGCGAUGGCUACCGCCUUGAAAAGCCUGAGCACUGCAAGCGAGAGAUGUACAACAUAAUGUACUACUGCUGGGACCCGGAUCCCAACGAGCGACCUUCGUUCAGCGAACUGACUUGCCUCCUUGACAAGCUCCUCGUUAGCGAGAACGACUACAUUGAACUGGAUCGUUUCCCCGAUCACUCGUACUACAACAUCACGAACCUCUCCGGCGAAAAGCUUUAAUCGUGUCAUUGCAAGCCGACGGGGCGGCUCACUGGUCGUCCGAGGACGUGCGCCGUUGGCGGAGUGGACAGAGAGGGAAGAAAAAAGCAGAUGAUAGCAAUGAUGAUGAAAAUCGGCGCUCGCCCUGCCGAUUACGUUCUCUGUGUUCAUCACGCUGUAACUGCUUCCUGAUACUUGGACUGUGGUAUCUGCGUUGCCGUGCCGGAGGGCGGCAGCUUCACUCACGAGAAGACACGGCUCAGCACUUCCAGCCAGAACAUUUGUAUAAUGCGUGUGGAUUUUUUUUUCUGUGCGUCCGGAAUGGUCGAUUGUUUUCAAGCGCCUGGAACCGUCAGUGGCGUCAACUGAGAAGUGCGCUGUGAAAUGAAGAUCUUUGGUGCGUUACGAUGGCCAGCUCGAUCAUCCGUAGAACUGUACCACCAGAGUGAUCUUGGAUGAUACUCCGGUGUGGGUCUGGUACGAUGCGAAUGUCCUGGAUUGACCGCCAAAGAACUCUGUGCAGAGACAAUACAAAACACGAGCCACCGCGGGGCCAGGUGGCUUGCAGUAACUUGUGGCGUUGACAGGGACCAGCCUGAAAUUACGAACCAUAUGUGUGCAUGAGGGUUAUGCAUGCCCUUGCUCAUCACUCAUCUCAGGGGAUGCACUGCUGCGCUUGCCGUGCCUUGGGGGUCAUAAAGAAUGCGCUUUUCAGGUACCGGUAGCCUUCAAUGAAAGCUUGAGAGGCUUGCGCUCCGUUUGUUGUUCAGGCACGAGGCGCAAAUUCUCGUUGCUUUUGUUGGAUAUGCCUGGGACUUGAAGCAGCUGCAGUGCACUUGUAUUUUAAUGUAUCAUAAGAGAAAGUUAUUUUUUAUUUUGUUUAUGCAAGCACGUUCUCCACUUGCAGCUUUAGUGUCUUAUCUCACUGACACUGUUCUAUUAAAAUAAAGCUAGCUGUCACGUCAAGCGAGUUUAUCGCACGAACGUGGCACAUCAGUUAAAACCGGGUCAAUGGCCACUUCAGCCUCGCAAGGAAAGAAAAGUUCAUGGUUUGGAGUAAGUCAUGAUUGCAACGGCUCGACAACACAGCCCAAGAUAUAUGUUUUGAGCUAUUCCAGUCAUGAGUCAGUACAACUCGCUAGGUUAGUAAUUAGAAGAACGUGUUCCCUAUACGCGAAAAGCUGGUAAAGGAUAACGUAAUUGCGCGUAGACAUGUAGCACUCCGCGUUUCACUGCCUACAUCCUCCUGCUGGAGGCCACUCUUAUCUGCGACUCUUAUCGUCCAGAACUUGAGAGAGAUGUAAAAACUUAUCUUGAGUCAAAAUUUCUGUAGAGCUCCUCGAAAAACUCAUAGAACAUCCCUGAUUCAUGACUUAGCUCCUAAGAUUGUUCUACAAGCAUGCUCUGAUUAUCUGAAACACGCACAUACACAGACACGCGCGAACGCAUACUUUACUGUCUAUUCACAUACAUGUACACAUUGCGAAAGAUAUGCUAUCAAAAUUUACUUUCGAAAUCCUCUUUCUUUCCUUUUUCAAACAUCACGAGAGAGUUGUAAAACAGCGUACAUUCUACGAACACACACACACACACACACACACACACACACAAAAAAAAAAAAAAACGUCAGCAAAUUUCAGUGUACAUUAAACGCCUCACUUACAAGCGCGCUUGAAAGAAAGCUAGUUUGGCAGAGUAAAUCGAUACCUUUAUUCGAGGGCACUGAAUAAACGGGUUCGUUGUUUCGCUUAGUUUUUGUUUGUGUUCAGAGAGAUAAAUUAAUAUGAAUUUAGGUCUUAGGACAGCACUGAAACAAAAGAAAGCAUUGAAUUUUGCACAUAUUUAUGAGAGAUGCGAAAUAUAGAUUGCAUGCUGGAAUGACUCCAUUUCAUCUUUUGUACAGUAGUAACGAGAUUAUAUGCUCUUACAUAUGCGCUCUACUUAUAUUGUAGUGAUGUGUUGAAUGUAUUACAAAAAUGAUUAAUUAUUUGUCAACACAAAUCGCAAAUAAAUUACUAUGUACAAGAAAUCAA